GUGUGCAAUAUACAGUCCGUUUCCACCUGUUUAUCAUGGCUAAUCAGGUCGCAAUACUGCUCUAUUUGUGUUGGGGCAUAGCCCAGUGUCCCGUGGGAGGGGCGGGUCGGGCGUUUACCAGGGAUGGACGGGAGACAGUUGAGCGCUGGGUACAACAGCCCGACACCUCUUCACCACCCGCUUCCGCCUGUCAGGUUAGCAUAGUGAACCGGCUCGACUGCUACCCAGACAGUCUUACGGACGAAGGGAAAUGUGCGGCACGAAACUGCUGCUGGUCCCCGGUGGAGGGAGCGCUGAGGUAUAGAGGCAUUCCCUGGUGUUUUUUCCCUUCAUCGGCGGGCAGUGGCUACAGCGUGACGUCAAGGAGCCAGACUCCUCUGGGAUUCAGUGCUGUGCUACAGAGGAGCGUUCCAUCACACUGGCCUCGUGACGUCAUGAAGCUGAAGCUGGAUGUUACGUACGAGGCAGAAUCACGUGUGCACUUCAAGAUUUAUGACCCUGCUGUGAAGAGGUAUGAGGUACCUAUAGACACCCCCCGCGUCACUUCCCCAACGUCCCACAUGGAUUACGCUGUCACAGUUACGCCAUCGCCCUUCUCUAUCCGGGUGACGAGAACAGCCUCAGACACUGUGCUAUUUGACAGCAGUUCGACCCCCCUGAUAUUCGCCGAUCAGCUGUUGCAGAUUGGGACCAGCCUUCCCACGGACAGCAUCUAUGGCCUUGGAGAACACCGCCAACCGUUUAUGAUCAACGCUUCCCAGCCGUCACGUCUGGCUUUCUGGUCUCGAGACCAGCCUCCAGCGACAAAUCUGAAUUUAUAUGGCGAUCACGCUUUCUUUCUUGGAAUUGAAGCCAGUGGAGAUGCAUAUGGUGUGUUUCUUUUGAACAGCAACGCAAAAGAGGUCGCCCUGGGGAACACCGAUGGCCUUGGUCUUACCUACAUUACCAUUGGGGGGAUUUUGGAUUUCUAUAUCUUUACUGGACCUUCGCCAGAUGACGUCAUCCAGCAAUAUUCCCGUGUGAUUGGCCACACGUUCAUGCCCCCGUACUGGUCCCUUGGUUUCCAUCUCUGUAGAUGGGGGUAUGGAAGUUCUGCCGGGCUGAAGAAAGUCGUUAAGCGCAUGCGUGCAGCUAACAUGCCAUAUGACGCACAGUGGACGGACAUAGACUACAUGGAUAAACACUUAGACUGGACGUACGAUAAAACCAAGUAUUCUACAUUACCUGAUGUCGUGGCUGAUCUGCACGCCCAUGGACAGCAUUAUGUCAUCAUUGUGGACCCUGGCAUCAGUAGCACCCAGCCAAAUGGAUCGUACCCUCCGUAUGACGAAGGCCUGAGGGACGGGGUGUUCAUUAUGAGGGAGGACCGGACAGGACCGUUAAUAGGCAAGGUGUGGCCUGGAGAGACAGCCUAUCCCGACUUCACAAACCCCCAAACCCCUGUCUGGUGGGAGAGAAUGGCUAAAAGCUUUCACGAUGUUCUUCCGUUUGAUGGACUAUGGACGGACAUGAACGAGCCGUCUAAUUUUGUGUUCGGGUCUAUGAAUGGGUGUCCGCCGAAUAACACUUACAACACUCCACCGUACACUCCAGGUAUCGCCUCCGGAAAACUACCUGAUAGAACGGUUUGUCCUUCAGCUAAUCAGUAUCUCUCUCGGCAUUAUAAUCUCCACAGUAUGUACGGCCAUUUUGAAGGGAUUGCUACAAACAGAGCUCUGGUGAGCAUUCGUCAGAACCGGAGCCUGGUAAUAUCGCGCUCAACCUUUCCCGGCAGUGGCAGGUAUAUGGGACAUUGGACUGGUGACAAUAGUGCUGACUGGGACAAUCUGUACUACUCCAUACCAGCCAUUCUCAGUUUCAACAUGUUCGGUAUACCGUUGGUUGGAGCAGACAUCUGUGGAUUCUCUGGGACAACUACAGAAGAAUUAUGUACGCGAUGGAUGCAGCUUGGGGCAUUUUACCCAUUCAUGAGAAAUCACAAUGCUAUUGGAUCAAAGGAUCAGGAUCCGGCGGUCUUCGGUCCGUCAGCCCAAGAUAGCAUGAGGACUGCUCUGACCACCCGCUACACCUUACUUCCCUACCUCUACACGCUCUUCUACCACAGUCACCUGACAGGCUCUAUGGUAGCAAGACCCCUGUUUUUCGAGUUUCCGCAGGACACCAAUACGUACCCUAUUGACAAGCAGUUUAUGUGGGGAAACGGGCUGUUGAUCUCACCAGUUUUAGAGAAGGGUAAAACCAGUGUCAGUGCCUACUUCCCACGUGCCAACUGGUAUGAAUUGGACUCUGGCAACCUAGUAGAAGGUUCCGGAAGUUCGAUAACUCUAGAUGCUCCUUUAAGUAAAAUAAAUGUCCACGUAAAAGGGGGACUGGUCAUCGCUUUUCAGAAGCCAGAAGUGACGACUACAUUAAGCCGUCUGAACCUAUUUGGUUUGCUCGUGGCUUUGAACGAAAGUGGCAGCGCCUCUGGGGACUUAUUCUGGGACGAUGGCGAUACUGUUGAUACAAUUGAGACCGGCCAGUAUAACUUCAUUGACUUUUCAGUGGCACAGGGGAAACUUACGUCAUCAGUAGUCAAGGCCGGUUACUCGUCACCCGCCAUGAGUCUGGGCUCAGUUGUUGUGUACGGCGUUCAAAGCCAGCCAGUAAAGGUCACCGUCAAUAGUCGAUCAAUGCCAUUCCAAUACGACACCGCCAACAAGGCGCUACGGGUAACGGGGCUUAGUGAAGACCUCCUCAAGCCCCUUCGUGUCAGUUGGUCAGCAGGCUAAGGAAGGACAAUUUUGUAAGCCAUCAAAGAUCGCCUGGAGGACAGUAUUAGAUAAAUGUGUGUUCGAGGUCAAGCGACAUUCCUUUUCGUAAUUUUGUCGACACAACAUGUCUGAAAAAUUGCCAAUGUGGUGUUAAUCCCAAAUCAUUCAUUUUUGUAAUUGUCUAAAUUUGAUGUUGUCCUAAAUGUAAAUAUGUAGGUUAUAAUUGUAGGUCCGAUUCGUCCAAUUUAUUUUGCUAAAUAAACGAAACC